AUGCUCAUAAAAGCUGAUCUAAAUAUCGUUGAUGCGGAAGGACGAACCCCAUUGUCUUGGGCAUCAGAAAAAGGCUAUGAGGCAGUGGUAAGAUUGCUUCUUGGGACUGGAGCUGUUGAUCCAGACGUGAGAGACAGGGAUGGCUGGACGCCACUCCUAUGGGCAGCUAGUAAAGGGCACGAGGCAAUUGUGAAGCUCCUUCUGGAAACCCAAAAGGUUGAUCCAGACGCAAAUAAGGGAAGCGAAGACCCGAAAGGAACAAGGCGAACACCGUUGUUACUCGCCUCAGAAGGUGGCCAUGAGGCAGUAGUGAGGAGGCUGCUUGAUACCUACAAAGUAGACCUCAAUGCUCGUGAUGAGAGUGGAGGGACGCCGCUGAUGUGGGCUGUCAAGAACGGACAUACACAUGUGGUGAAUCUACUGCUCCUAACAGGAAAGGUUAACCCGAAUGCUUCAGAAGAGGGCGAAGUUGAGAAUGAAGGUGGGCGAACGCCACUCAUGUGGGCAGCGAAUACUCGGAACGAGGAGAUUGUCAAACUUCUCCUUGAAACCAAGAAAGUCAGUCCAGAUGCAAGAGACAAAUCCAGUCGAACUGCCAUUUCUCUGGCCGCAGAAAGCGGAGAUGUUAGAAUUGUGAAGCUACUCUUAGAUACCGGCAAAGCGGAGCCCGAUUUAUCUGAUAAGGACGGACGGACGCCGUUAAGGUUGGCAGCUGAGAGUGGCUUUGGGGAAGUCGUUCAAUUACUCCUUGACACGAAUAAGGUCGAUCCAAACUUGAAAGACAAACGUGGGCAAACACCACUAUUCUCAGCGGCAAAGAACGGACACGAGCAUAUUGUCAAAAUAUUGGUAGAAAGAAAUGAACUAAGUGUCCAGGACCUACAACGUCAGAUCCCAGUACGCUCCGAGCAUGAGCAUUUUCUCAAUAUCCAUGAUGAGGACUACUUCGACAAGCGUUGCCAGCAACUGUUUUCCCAUGUCCAACAGUGGGUUUUACGGUUUUCGAAAGCAUCGGAUAUGCGCACAUCGCGUCUCACGCAUGAGAUAAAUCAACAAGUUGCUGAUAACGUGGAGACUGUACUCGGCAGUCAACGUGAAUACAGCGAGGAAGAUCCUGAUAUUGAUGUGCCUGGUCGCCUAUUAUCCAGAAGCGAUGCCGAAAAGGUCAUUUUUAGACUGGAAAAUACCAUAUUGGACGGAUCUGAUGUAAAUGUCUAUCUUUCUGAUCGGGUGCGCCGUCGCGAUGUGUUUACCUCUCUGGUUACGACCAUGAUCUGGGAGUACAUAUUUACUCGCUAUUUAUUUGGUCUCGAUCGAGAGGUAAGGCAGAAGAUCAAGAAAUUGGAGCAACAACUGGUUGGACCUCCUGAGGCCAUUCGCAAAUGGCGUGCUACAACUCUGACAUUACUAUCGCAUCGUGACCAAGUCAAGAAACAGAGAGAUGAAGAUGCUGGGUAUGUUACUUACGAUAUAUUUCAAACUCUCUGCGCUGUUAUCCUACCCCCUAAAAAUAUCCAAGUACAACUUCAGUCGCAAUUAUACAAGGUGGUCGAAUACGCAGCGGACCUGGGUGUUGAAAUGCGGACGCAGAAAGCAGACUACAUGAUGCUCCCACCACUACAACCCGAAGUUAACCUAGAUGGCGACAUUGCCACGUUUGUCCAUUUUAACGCGUCCUUGAUGAAUGAAUGUGGCGAUAGAGCGGAGAUGAGUAACGAGGAGCUUGAGAAACAUGGGUCAACAGUUAGGAUCUAUCUAUUCCCGCUCGUCGUGAAGAGGGGAGGGGACGACGGUGUUGGCAACGACGAGAUUGUUGUCUUUCCAGCUCAGGUGUUGGUAGCUCCAAAGGACAUUGAAAAUGAGGAGGCGAUGCUGGUAGCAAUGGAUACUGAAAGGGGGCAAAGACCAGCAGUUUUACCAUCCACCGAAGCGGAAAAGUGGGUGCAGAGCAUCAAGACGAAGGUAAGGAAGAUUUUGAAAUCUUGA